AUCUGCCUUGAGAAACAAUUUUCUUUUUCCUGGAAACUUGAUUUUGUCUCCAAGGUGGGUAAGGCAAUUCAGUUUGGACAUGGAGAUCAAAGCCUGGAACUUUGUCCUGUUUUCAUGCCUGGUGGUUUCUUUCUUGGCUUCAUCGUCUUCUGCUCAAACCUGUGUUUCCCAAACAUUUUCCAACGACAGGCAAUAUGCCAACUGCACCGAUCUUCCAGCUUUGAACAGUUAUCUCCACUGGACGUAUAAUGAAUCGGCUGGUACAGUUGAAAUCGCUUUCCGACACACCGGCACCUCCUCGUCACAGUGGUCGGCGUGGGGCAUCAAUCCCAGUGGACCGAGAAUGGUGGGUACACAGGCUUUGGUUGCCUUCGUCAACUCCAGUGGUGUGGCUCAGGCAUUCACAACCUCGAUUGAUAGCUUGGCCCCUUCCAUGCAACAGAUGGAUUUGAGCUUCCCGGUUCCAAGUCUUUCUGCCACGUUUGAGAGAAACGAAAUGACGAUAAUCGCCGUUUUGAGAAUCUCCCAAAACUUGUUAGCCACCAGUCAGGUUUGGCAGGAAGGUCGGGUGAGUAACGGCCAAAUACAGCCUCAUUCCACCACCGGGGCCAACGUUCAAUCCGCUGGAAGUAUCAAUUUCCUCACGGGAGCAUCGAGAGGGAGUUCAUCAGCAGGUUCCAGAACAAGAAGAAGAAACGUUCAUGGAGUACUGAACACUGUCAGCUGGGGAAUCUUGAUGCCGUUGGGAGCCAUAACAGCUAGGUACAUGAAGGUGUUUAAAUCUGCAGAUCCUGCAUGGUUUUAUCUCCACGUUGCUUGCCAAUCUUCAGCCUACGUUGUUGGCGUGGCUGGAUGGGCGACGGGUAUUAAGCUCGGCAGCGACUCUCCUGGAGUCACUUACAAUCCCCAUAGGACCAUCGGCAUCAUCCUCUUCUGCUUCGGAACUCUUCAGGUAUUCGCUUUGCUUCUGAGGCCAAACAAGGACCACAAGUACAGAUUGUAUUGGAACAUUUACCACCAUUUGAUUGGGUACAGUGUCAUCAUCCUUAGCAUCGUCAACAUCUUCGAGGGUUUCGACAUCCUUAACCCCGAUGACAAAUGGGAGAGAAUUUACAUUGGGAUUCUCAUAUUCUUGGGAGUUUUGGCCACAUUCUUGGAAGCUUUCACUUGGUACGUUGUUAUCAUGAGGAAGAAGACGAAUAAGCAGCCUCACACCAUGAAUGGAGCCAACGGACAUGGAUAUGGUGCCACUGCCAUGGGACAGCGCGUGUAGUCAAAUUUUUUUUCGGUCAGUCCUAGUCUAUUACACCAUGUGCUUAGGAUGUCUUAGAUGACCCACAUUUAUUAUUGCAUCUUAUUGUUUUUUUGUUGUGUUUU